AUGGAUAAGGAUACUGCAGCCUCGACUCUUCCUCCUAAGGAAUUGUCUCUCUUUAAAAGGAUUGUUAAAUAUUACGACCAAAAGCAAUAUAAAACAGGUCUGAAAUUUGCCAAUCAAAUUCUCAACAAUCCUAAAUUCGCUGAUCAUGGAGAAACAUUGUCGAUGAAGGGCAUUCUUCUUAACUGUUUGGGUAAAAAGGAAGAGGCUCGUGAAUUAGUUAAAAAGGGUCUUCAGUCUAAUAUCAAGAGCUGGCAUAUUUUUGGCCUUAUUAAAAAAUCGGAUCGGUUGUAUAACGAAGCUAUUCGUGCCUAUAUUCAGGCACUUAGGUUGGAUCCAAAAAAUCUUCAGGUUCUUCGUGAUCUUUCUGUGCUUCAAAUGCAUAUUCGUGAUUUGGAUGGAUGCUUAGAAACUAGAAGCAAACUUCUCACGGAAAGGCCAACCCAAAAGGCCUCUUGGGUCGGAUAUACUGUUGUUCAACACCUGAGGGGACAUCUUGAUACGGCUGCCACUGUUAUUCGAGAGUUUUUAAAAGUUCAAACUGCUAUUGAGCCUUAUAAUUAUGAGCAUAGCGAAUUGCUUUUGUACUAUAUUAUGAUUUUGAAGGAGAAUAAGCAGUACGAAGAGGCCCUUAAUUUCAUGGUUGAACAUGCCAAAGAAAUUGUUGACAAAGUUUCCUAUUUGGAGACUUAUGCCGAUCUUCUGCUUAAUUUGGGCCGCUAUGAUGAUGCUGAAAAGACAGUAUGGGAGUUACUUGAACGAAAUCCUGAUUGUGUACUUUACUAUGAAAUAUUUUACAAAGUUGCUGAAGCUAAAGACAAAUGUGAAAUUUCAUCACUUGAUAAACAAAAAAUGCUCAAAGAGUGCAUCAAUAAGUUUGCUUAUGCUCGUCUUCCAAAACUGCUCUUCCUUGAUACAUUAGAGGGCGACGAAUUUUCUUUGCACGUUGAUUUAUUCAUGCGAAAGAAUCUUCGUAAGGGUGUGCCAAAUCUUUUCAUUCAAUUGAAACGUUUCUAUAACACCGAGGAGAGAGUGAAAACCUUAGAGACCCUCUAUCUCACUUAUCGAUCGAAUCUUGACGCCCAUAACACCUUAGGACCCAUUACGCACGGGAUGCUGGAUUCUAAGGAAUUAGCUGAUACAUCAAUCGAGCCACCAUCUUCAUCUCUUUGGUUAAAUUAUCUAAUUGCCCAGCACUUUAACUACAUGGGUCAGACUCAGCGGGCAUUAGAUGUGAUUACAAAGGAAAUCAUGACCAAUCCCACGAUUGUUGACCUGUACACUCUUAAAGCUGAGAUUUAUCGUGAUGCUGGUGAUGUUAUAACAGCUAGCAAGUGGAUGGAUGAUGCUCAGGCCCUAGAUACCGCUGAUCGAUUCAUCAAUGCUCAGUGUACAAAGUGUAUGGUCCAGGCGCAUCGCAUUGAAGAUGCUGAGGUCAUGGCAGCUAAAUUUACCCGUGGCAGUACAACAGCCACCCAGUAUUUGACGGAAAUGCAGUGUAUGUGGUUCUUGAUCGAGACUGCUCGAUCUUAUUGGACUAUGCAGAAGUACGGUGACGCUCUCAAAUAUUGCCAUGAAAUUGAUAGGGUCUACACUGCUAUUCUCGAGGAUCAAUUGGAUUUUCACUCCUAUUGUUUGAGAAAGGGCACUCUUAGGUCGUAUAUUGAAACGAUCAGGCUUGAGGAUAAACUUCGUGAUCAUCCUGCUUAUUUUGAUGCUGCCUGUCUUGCAGUUGAGAUAUACCUCCAUCUUCAUGUCAAUCCAUUGGGAGCUGAAAACGAUGAGGAUAACCAGCAAAAUUGUAAUCACUUUAUUAACAUCGAUAUCUUGUACACAUUCGCGUUUACAAUUUCAGAAUUUCCCCCCUUCUUUUUAGCUAAUUUGUCUUCUUCGGAAUUAAAAAAAUUGCGCAACAAACAACGCAAGGCACAACUUCGAGCUGAGGCUAAUAAGGAAGAGCAGAAGAAGCGAGAACAUCAGAACCACCAACGCAAAGAUAAGAACGAGGACCCAGAGAAUAGGCCACCGGAAAUUGAACAGCUGCAGCCCCAAAAAUUGGCUCGGCCACAAAAUGCUCUAAAUGAAGCUGUACACUUUUUGCAACCUCUAAUCGAGCUUUCGGGAAAUAGAAUCGAAACGCAUUGUUUAUCCUACGAAGUCUUUGAACGAAAGGUGGACGAUAUUGAAUUACUCGUUUUUUUUUCCAUAGGCAAACUUCUGUUGAUGCUUCGUGCAAUUCGCCGUGGUUUGGAAGUACCUGGGUCAAAAGAUCACCCAUGGUUCAAUGAAUGUCUCUGUCGAUUCUCACUGCGUUUGGCUGAAAUGAACCCCGAAGGUGACAAUCUUGUGCAUGCUGUGCUUUUCCAACAAGCAAAAAUAGUUUUCGGAGAAUCCCUGCCUAAAGCUACUGAAACAAAUGACGCCUUUCUCAAACGAAAUGCGAAGUCUUUUUUGCAUGUUUUCCGAGGUAUUCUCACCAAGGCCAUAAUUGAACCAAAAUCGGCGGAAGAUGCAUUUAAGAAACUACCCUCGCCUUCUGAUAAGGAGUUUGGCACUGUUUCUUGGAAGGUUUUGUUUGAUGCUAUGGAGCUUCUAAAGAGACAUAUGAGUCUUAAGCUCUCUCCAGUAACCAGUGAAAUGAUUGUCAAGUUCCGUAAUGAGUGUUCUUCUCUUUAUCCUCUUGCUGCGGUCUUUUAUGAUGAAGUUAAGUUGGAAGCUCAUCGUAAAGCUGUGCUUAGUGAACUCUCUAGCGUCAACCCAGAGGAAAGUGAACCUCUCAAAACGCCGAAUUCAAAGAUACUUCCUUCAAACAACUCCGAAGUCGACUCUGUGGCUAAGAGGUUUGAUGGCCUGGCUGUAAGUAGUGGUGGACAGGAGAAUAAAAUGAAUGGCCAUGUAGAAAACCUCAAUUGUGGUAAAGGGGUUAACAAAGGGAAAAAAAAGAAGGCUGCCGGCAGCAACAGUGCUAAGGCAAAUACAGUCGUAGCCAAAAAUUAG